UAUAAUUAUUACAUUUGCUUCAAGGGUAAAAUGUGUGUCUGUAUAGAUUAGUGAUAGUCAGUGGGCUGGACAUCUUCACGCAUCAGUUGCAAUAUCAUACUGGUCUACUUUGGUCCCACCUUCCCACACAACACAGGAAGACGCACAACAAAAUGAAAACGGCGACUGGUUUGUCUACUGCAGCGGUCACUAGACUCCCCAAAAAGUCAUGCCAUGAAGACGAUGGAGCUUGUUUUUCUGCUCAUCUUCUUUCCUGUCACACUUUCAGUGAAACACUCGCUGAAGAUUUUCACCACAGUGUCCUCUGGAGUCAAAAACUUCCCAAAUUAUGUGGUUGUUGCGUUGGUUGAUGAAGUUCCAAUAAGUUACUAUGACAGCAUCAGUAACACAGUGGAAGCCAAACAGGACUGGAAACAAAAAAUGUUUGAAGAUGAUCCACAGCACUUGGAGUGGUGCACUCAGCAGUUUUUAUCAGACCAAUAUGAAUACAAAGAUCACAUUGACAUUUUGAAGCAGCAACUGAACCAAACUGAAGGUGUCCACAUCUUCCAGAGGAUGAGCGGCUGUGAAUGGGAUGAUGAGACUGGAGAGGUUAAUGGUUUUGGUCAGUUUGGUUAUGAUGGAGAAGACUUCAUAGCAUUUGACCUGAAGACACUGACAUGGAUCGCUCCAAAACCACAAGCUGUCAUCACCAAACACAAGUGGGACAGAGAUAGAGCUCUCAAUGAAAGAAGGAACUACUUCCUCACCCAGCAGUGCCCUGAGUUAGUGAAUAAAAAUUUGGACUAUGGGAAGAGCUCUCUGCUGAGAACAGAGCUUCCCUCAGUGUUUCUCCUCCAGAAGACUCCCUCCUCUCCAGUCAGCUGCCACGCUACAGGUUUCCACCCUCACAGAGCCAUGAUGUUCUGGAGGAAAGAUGGAGAGGAGCUUCAUGAGGAUGUGGAACACGGAGAGAUCCUCCCCAACCAUGAUGGAUCCUUCCAGAUGAGUGUUGACCUGAACCUUUCAUCAGUCACACCUGAAGACUGGAGGAGGUACGAAUGUGUGUUUCAUCUCUCUGGUGCGAAGAACGACAUCGUCACCAAACUAGACAAAAAAGUGAUCAGAACCAACUGGGUUUCUCCCUCAGAGUUCCCUGCUGGUCCUGUUAUUGGAGGUGUUGUAGGACUGCUGCUGCUCCUGGCAGUCUGCAUCACUGGAGUCUUCAUCUGGAGGAGGAGAGAUAAUGGAUUCAGGCCUGCAAACUCUUCAGACUCAUCAUCCUCUGAUCCAUCUUCAGUCAGAGAUGCAGCUCUUAACUGAUCACAGAGUAACAACAUCUGGAGAGAACUGAUGCUGCUGUCCAGCUGUUUCCUCAAACCUUUGGUGGAGAUGAAUCACUGCAGCAGCUACCAGACACCAAAGAGCCACAACGUUACUCCAGUGGGGCAUCUUUUGUCUUCAGAUAUCAAAUUCAUGUCAGUUAGUCAUGUGAUGUACUGUCUUUGAUGAUGAUGGGAGACAUGCAGCACUUUAACCUCUGCUUCUAACGCUGGAGUCAAACCUAAAACUUGAAAUGUUCAACUACUCAUGCUUUCACUAACAAUUAGUUUGACAGUUGUAUUUUAGAAACACUAAUGAAGAUUCUGCACUAGGCCACAAUUGAAAAAACACAGUUUUUGUUUCUCUCUUUGUUUCAUUGUGAUUACAGUUUGAACACUGCAUCUCAACUUCUCUCACUUUAACUAAAGUAUAAAUAUCUGAGUUAUGUUUUAGUCUUCCAACACACAUUGCUCCUCCACACCAAGUAACAGCUGUAACUCUUUUUAAACAUCAAUUUGUAAACGUUUCCACGAUUUUAAACAAUAUAAAUAUAUUUUUGAUUAUUUAGAUACUCCUCCAUAUGUGAUGAAAAUCACAUAUUAAAGCAAUAACACUUCUUGGAGCUUAAACAUUUGUAUCUUAUACAUUUGCCAUCUUCAUGUCCUGUAUUUGUCAUGCGGAUGAUAAAUGUUAAUGUCAUUAUAACAUUAUUGUUAAUGCUCAUAUUAUUGGUGUUAAAGGAUUAAUGAGAGUUUUAUCUGUGGUACUGAUAGAUGUACUUUAUUUCAUAUUGCCAAACUGGCAAAAUUGAUUUGUCUACGUGACAGUAUACGUCUUCUCUAAGGUCAUGUGAUCUGUUUUUGGCUAAAUGUUUUCACCUCAGAUAAAGUUUGUCUCCACAUCUACAAGUUAAUAAUCAAUUAUGAAUUGUUAAUCAAUCAUCUUUUCACUGGUGAAUGUAAAACAUGAUUUUUUUUGGAUGUCACAGCUCUCAUAUGUGUCACAUACAUUAGGUGUAGAAAUUAUCUCCUGUCUGUACAUGAGGUCAAAUGAGAAUUAGAAAAAAAUAUUUUUUCACUUAUCUUCUUUUUUUAUUUGAUGAACUUCAUUUUGUCUAGUGAGGCUGCUACAUUUUCUAGUGUCAUUCUUGUUCAAUUUAUUUGAUUAAUAAUUACAAUUUUCCUGAAAACCUGUUUAAGAGGUCUUCCUGUUACAUCAUACCUGUGUAAACCUCAAAUGUUCAGAUGUGUAGGCUUAAAGGUUUUCUUCCAAGUUUUGGGAAACACUCUAGUGAAGCUUGUCCCUGACAUCUAGAAAGCAUGAGCUUACUUUUUAAAAUGUUAUCAGUUGUCAAAAUGUGUGAGGAUAAAAGAAAAAGUUUACACUACUACAGAGGAGUACACUGAACCUUGUGACUCAGAGUGUGUCUUUCCCUAUAUCACCACUAGAGAGCAACAUAACUCUGAAAUGUCUCA